GAACGUUCUCAUUAAAAAAAGGCGUGGUUUGGGCUAGUUCGGUGAAAUUUUUGUGUGUUAUUUUCAUUGAUACAUUUAUUUGAUAAGACUAAAAAGUUACAAAUGAAGUGAAUUUAAUUGUGACUUACCAAAAUAGGUUAUUGUUCAACGGAGUGCUGAAAGUAAAUAGUUAUCACAGUGUCCUAACUAUGUCCCAACUACACUGUCUAUAGUCCCAACUUACCCUGAAUUAAUUCGAUUAUUACAAUUCUGGAUUCCGAUGGAGGUUGACCAUCGUCAAGAAUUUGAAAUGGCUGAAAUACCAUCGGACGUGUACGAUAUAUUUCAUCCGACUCCUGUAUCGCUUCAAGAUCUAGCAGCGAUCGCCGUUAGCCUCGAAAUGUGGCGUUGCAAAUUAAACAAAUAUCGUCAGAGCAGUAAAUUUAAAAGUGAGUCAGAGUUUCUUCCACUGAAAGAACGCUUCUCAUCGAAAACUAUGCUCCCCGAUUUACCAUCUACGAUUUCUAAGAUUAUCGAAGAAUAUCUCUAUCAAUUUGCUCUUUCAUUGGGAUCGUGGCUCGGGGAACAGUACGAUUGCGUCUUCUGUUACAAACGCGAGAACGAUAUUUUGGAACACUUUGACAAUUUCGUAUGCGAUUACGAUGGAAAUAUCGAUUACGUAAGGACUGCGAAACGUAUGCUGUGUUCUGAUCGAUUCAAUGAGGAAGAAAAGUUUAUUAUUGCUUGCGUGUAUUUUUUCGAAGACGAUAUCAGACGAAUUUGGCCAUCAGUGUCGGGCGAGAGGCGUUCGAGUAAAAGAAAAAUCAGACAGGUAGAGGAGUCUAAAAAGAUGCAUUGGCAUGCUUUCGAAAGUUUCGAAUUUGACGACUGCCCGCAGUUAUAUUACUGGAUUUGCCAUCUCACAAAUCAAUUGCAUAAGAUACCAACCAAGCAGAACAUGACUAUUGAUGAAACGAUGUUCGAUGCGUGUAUUGCUGAUCCUUAUAUUGCUGAUCCUUAUAUUGGACGUUCGAUGGUGUAUUUUUGGACUCGUAUACCAUCGGAAAAUCAUGAGGAUCGAGCCUACAACGUUUUCGACAAGAGUACAGAAACAUUUGCUAGAUUCAUUUUACCAAACAUGGACGAUCAACUGCUCCGUGAAUUUGUGAACGCUUUGGGUCAUGAUAUUAUGAUUGACUUGUGUAACUCUUCUAGUGGUAAAAGGUUCGGUCUAGGAACUUGGUUAUACAUUAGAAAUCUUCUUAUUGCUGAAGACAGAUUCGCGUAUCUUAUCUUGGAACUGUUGAAAAAAGACGUCGACGUCGUCGACCCUGAAUGCGGAAAUCGGGAGUAUAUGCGUCGUGUAGUAUGGAACAAUGCUCCGCUUCAUUUAAAACUAUCCGUGAUUAGGAAUAUUUCAUCGGGCAUGUUGUUAGCUCAUCCUUCUGAUGUGGGUGUCGAUGAUUUGAUACAUAUAAGCGUCGAGUUCCUGUUGAUUAUUCUAGAGUAUGCAACCCUCGAAGAGAGAACCACAUUCUGGCGUAAAUACUGGGAUACUGUGAUUUUGCUCCUUUCAGAUGAAGAUGUGCAGAAUUUGCAACGAGUAAUCAAACUUUGUAUCGAAGACGACGAUGAAAUUUCUCGAUUCAAGCGAAACGUUUUGACUGAAAGCGAUCUUGUACGAAAAAAAUGCGUUUUAUAUUUGACGAAUGCUGAUCUCGACAUCUCGAAUAAAUUUGUGAAUUUUUGUUUUCCCGAAUUGCCUACAGCGAGAACUUUCAAACAGCAAUUGCUGCGGUUAGCUUUUCUCGACGAAAAUUGCCCAUUAAAUUCGAAGAUUGUUCGCGACCUUGACGUAUUUAACGAGUUUAUUAAUGAAGCGUAUCAAGAUGUUGAAUUGUCUACUGAUUUUAAAAAUAAAUUCGUAUCAUCGCCAUCGAAUCAGUUACGGCUUUGCGAGCUUACUUGCUCGGGAGAAGUUUCUUUAGAUGAGCUUGUCAAGUUUAUUCACACGCUUGGUUCAACGAACCACACCGUACCCCAGAUCAAAAUGCGUAUGAGGGAGUAUUUGGAAAAACAGUUUGGAAGAACUAGAAGUCGUAACCGUAUUAAACUCAUGGGGUCCCGAUAUUUGCCAAUUUCGUCGUGGUGUUCUGAGCAAACUGAAGAAUCCGAAGCAACCUCAUCCGUCAAUACCAGAAAAAGGAAGAAAAAGUGAAUAUUCAUUCCAAAUGGUGAUAAGUAGGUAUUUACCGAUAAAUUGUUCGAAUAAACAUACCUACUGAUGAAA